AUGCGCGUCGCGGACAGUCUACCGCUUGUCUUAGCUGCCGCGGCCGCCCAAGCUUCCUCUCAGGCCUCUCCUUGCACUAUCGCAACCCCGACCAGCACAGGCACGCAGAGGAGGUGGGACACUGGCAAGCUAGGUGACGCUAUAGCAGUAACUAAUAAUCCCCCUGGAGUCGUAUAUAGGGCAACACUGCCCGACUCGGCGUUCUUCGACCCUGCCUACCCCAAUGGCGGCAACAUCCAGGGCGAAGUCAUCGCUGUCGCGAACCCCCUUGGCAUAGGUGUGGUCUUUAGUGUGAAGCUUAGCAAUCUGCCGAGGACCGCCUACCAUAUCCACGUCGGCCCGGUCCCCGAGAAUGGAAACUGCACGGAGACCCUCGACCAUCUUGACCCCUUCAUCCGCGGCGAGACCCCGGCGUGCAACGCCGCUGUGCCUGCAACCUGCCAAGUGGGCGAUCUGAGCGGCAAGCACGGCGCCAUCCCUGCCGACCAGGACUCCUGGGAGACCUCGUAUGUCGAACUGUACGCCUCGACUCUCGAGGGUAUCGGCGCUUUCUUCGGCAACCGCAGCAUCGCGAUCCACUAUCCCAACAAGACGCGGAUUACCUGCGCUAGCUUCGUCAAGGUUGAGGGCAGCGCUAGCUUGCCCGUGUCCGUCCUAGAGUCCACGGCCACGGAAAGCCCCACGUGCGACAGCAGUAGCGCGAUUCCUGCCACGACGGAAUCAACCAUACGGGGCGAAAUUGCCGGUGCCUUGAUCCUUGGCCCAGAGUUGUGUUCAUCCUCUUGGGGCAUACAGGCAUAG